GCGCAGCGGACCCGGAGCCUCGGACAGCGCGGCGGGCACCGGGGAGCGGACGGCGGCCGCGUACUGAGCAAUGGCCUGAGCCCCCAUGGCUGCCCCUCAGGACCUGGACAUCGCUGUGUGGCUGGCCACGGUGCACCUGGAGCAGUAUGCAGACGCGUUCCGGCAGCAUGGCCUGGCUACAGCGGGUGCAGCCCAGGGCCUGGGCCCCGAGGAGCUGAGGCAGUUGGGCAUCAGCGCCACAGGGCACCGGAAACGCAUUCUGCGCCUGCUGCAGGCUGGCACUGCAGAGGUCUCCCUGGAUCCCCGAUUGGAUAGUGCCAUGGAGCCAUCACCCAGCCCAGCUCCCCAAGCCCAGCCCACCAAGCCUGUGCCUAAGCCCAGGACAGUAUUUGGUGGGCUCAGUGGCUCCACCACCACCCAGAGGCCUGGAUUGAGUCCAGCCCUCUGGAGACCAGAAGCAUCCAAGAACCCAGAGUCCAGCCCCAGGUCCUCUCCUGUCCCCACCUCCUCCUCGGAGCAGCCUUCAGCCUUAAAUACUAUGGAGAUGAUGCCCAAUGCCAUCUACUUUGGUCUGGACUUAAGAGGCGGGGCACAGCCAGCUCAGGACAUGGCCCCAGACAGCUCCCAGACUGCUGCCCCCACCCCUGCUCUCAGGCCCACAACGGGCACAGUGCACAUCAUGGACCCUGGUUGCCUGUACUACGGUGUCCAGCCUGUGGGGGUCUCAGGGGCCCCCGAUAGAAGAGAAGGCAGAGGUGUCUGUCAGGACAGGGCUGAACACAGGCUCAGCAGGCAGGAUCUGGAGGCACGGGAGGAUGCUGGCUAUGCCAGCCUUGAGCUGCCCGGGGAUUCCAGCCUCUCGCUGCCCACUCUGGACACAGAGACCAAUGAUGACCUCAUUUCACCCUAUGCCAGCUUCUCCUCCACGGCCGACCGCCCAACACCCCUGCUCAGUGGCUGGCUAGACAAGCUCUCUCCUCAGGGAAACUACGUCUUCCAGAGGCGCUUUGUACAGUUCAAUGGGAGGAGUCUGAUGUACUUUGGCAGUGAUAAGGACCCCUUCCCCAAGGGUGUGAUCCCUUUGACCGCCAUCGAGAUGACUCGCAGCAGCAAGGACAACAAGUUCCAGGUCAUCACCGGCCAGAGGGUGUUCGUAUUCCGCACAGAGAGCGAGGCUCAGCGGGACACGUGGUGCUCCACUCUGCAAUCCUGCCUGAAGGAGCAGCGCCUCCUGGGCCAUCCUCGGCCCCCGCAGCCGCCCCGACCCCUCCGCACAGGCAUGCUGGAGCUGCGUGGGCAUAAGGCCAAGGUGUUUGCUGCCUUGAGCCCUGGAGAGCUGGCACUGUACAAGAGUGAGCAGGCCUUCUCUCUGGGCAUCGGGAUCUGCUUCAUUGAGCUGCAAGGCUGCAGUGUCCGGGAGACCAAGAGUCGCAGCUUCGACCUGCUCACGCCCCAUCGCUGCUUCAGGUGGGGCCCAGACUGGCAGGAGGCAAUGCUGGGGGCAAGACUUUUGAGGGAGACCCUAGGGGUGCAAAGGACUGGAGCCUCUUCUGUAGGUUAUCAGUGCAUAUGCACUGAAAGGAGUCUGGUAAAUGGGAUCAAGGAUGUCAGGAGGGUCCGGGCUGGCCCAGGUAUGGCCUGUGGUGGCUCCUGCAGGGGUGUGGGGCAGAUGGGGGGUUGUCCAUGCCCACGGACUGGCUGUCCACCCCUCAGCUUCACAGCCGAGUCUGGGGGGGCUCGGCAGAGCUGGGCGGCCGCUCUGCAGGAAGCAGUAACCGAGACCCUGUCUGACUACGAGGUGGCUGAGAAGAUCUGGUCCAAUCGGGCAAACCGGCACUGUGCGGACUGUGGGGCCUCCCGCCCAGACUGGGCCGCUGUCAACCUGGGGGUGGUCAUCUGCAAGCAGUGUGCAGGUCAACAUCGGGCCCUGGGUUCUGGGAUCUCCAAGGUGCAGAGCCUGAAGCUGGACACAAGUGUCUGGAGUAAUGAGAUAGUACAGUUUUUCAUCGUCCUGGGAAAUGAUCGUGCCAACCGCUUCUGGGCAGGGGCACUACCCCCAGGUGAGGGGCUGCAUCCAGAUACCACCCCUGGCCCUCGGGGAGAGUUCAUCUCCCGGAAAUACCGGCUAGGUCUCUUCCGGAAGCCCCACCCUCAGUAUCCAGAUCACAGCCAGCUUCUCCAGGCACUGUGUGCAGCUGUAGCUGGACCCAAUCUGCUGAAGAACAUGACCCAGCUCCUGUGUGUGGAGGCCUCUGAGGGCGAGGAGCCCUGGUCCCCCUCAGCCCUCAAUGGUAGCUUCCCUGGUCUCCUGCCCCCAGACUCCUCCCUUGGUGUGUACAACGAGGUGGUGGUGCCUGCCACUUACAGCAGCUUUCUGUACUGUGGUCCCGUCAGCAACAAAGCUGGACCCCCACCCCCUCGCAGGGGCCGAGAUGCUCCCCCCCGACUGUGGUGCGUGCUGGGUGCAGCUCUGGAAAUGUUUGUGUCAGAAAGCAGCCCUGAACCUCUCAGCCUCAUCCAGCCCCAGGAUGUUGUAUGUUUGGGUGUGAGCCCCCCACCCGCUGACCCAAGUGACCUGGACAGGUUUCCCUUUUCCUUUGAGCUUAUCCUCACUGGGGGAAGGAUCCAGCACUUUGGCACAGAUGGAGCUGACAGCCUGGAGGCCUGGACCAGUGCCGUGGGCAAGUGGUUCUCCCCACUGAGCUGUCACCAACUGUUGGGCCCUGGGCUGCUGCGGCUGGGUCGCCUGUGGCUGCGGUCCCCCUCCCAUACUGCCCUAGCCCCUGGCCUCUGGCUGUCUGGGUUUGGACUUCUUCGUGGAGACCACCUCUUCCUGUGUCCAGCAUCAGGCCCUGGUCCCCCAGCCCCUGAGGACUUGGUGCAUCUGCGGCGGCUACAGGAGAUCAGUGUUGUCUCAGCAGCUGACACCCCAGAAAAGAAAGAACAUUUGGUUCUGGUGGAGACAGGAAGGACCCUCUAUCUGCAGGCAGAGGGCCGGCUGGAUUUCGCAGCGUGGAACGCGUCCAUUGAAGGGGCAGCUGGCGGGGGAGGCACAGGGUUGCAGGAACAGCAGAUGAGCCGAGGUGACAUCCCCAUCAUCGUGGAUGCCUGCAUCAGUUUUGUCACUCAGCAUGGGCUCCGGCUGGAGGGCGUGUACCGGAAAGGGGGUGCCCGUGCCCGCAGCCUGCGGCUCCUGGCUGAAUUCCGGCGAGAUGCCAGGUCAGUGAAGCUCCGACCAGGGGAGCACUUUGUGGAGGAUGUCACCGACACGCUCAAACGCUUCUUCCGGGAGCUUGAUGACCCCGUGACCUCUGCACGCUUACUGCCUCGCUGGAGGGAGGCUGCAGAGCUGCCCCAGAAGAAUCAGCGCCUGGAGAAAUACAAAGAAGUGAUUGGCUGCCUGCCACGGGUCAACCGCCGCACAUUGGCCACCCUCAUUGGGCAUCUCUAUCGGGUACAGAAGUGUGCAGCUCUGAACCAGAUGUGCACGCGGAACCUGGCCCUGCUCUUUGCACCCAGCGUGUUCCAGACGGACGGGCGCGGGGAGCACGAGGUGCGGGUGCUGCAGGAACUCAUCGACGGCUACAUCUCUGUCUUUGAUAUUGACCCUGAUCAGGUAGCCCAGAUUGACUUGGAGGUCAGUCUUAUCACCACCUGGAAGGAUGUGCAGCUGUCCCAGGCUGGAGACCUCAUCAUGGAGGUUUUCAUUGAACAGCAGCUCCCAGAUAACUGUGUCACCCUGAAGGUGUCCCCGACACUGACUGCCGAGGAGCUGACUAACCAGGUACUGGAGAUUCGGGGGACAGCAGCCGGGACGGACUUGUGGGUGACAUUUGAGAUUCGAGAGCACGGGGAGCUUGAGCGGCCACUGCACCCCAAGGAAAGGGUCCUAGAGCAAGCCCUACAAUGGUGCCAGCUCCCAGAGCCCUGCUCAGCCUCCUUACUCUUGAGAAAAGUCUCUCUGGCCCAGGCCGGCUGCCUCUUCACAGGCCUCCGGCGUGAGAGCCCGCGGGUGGGGCUGUUGCGGUGUAGGGAGGAGCCGCCCCGCUUGCUGGGAAACCGCUUCCAGGAGAGGUUCUUUCUGCUGCGUGGCCGCUGCCUGCUGCUGCUCAAGGAGAAGAAGAGCUCUAAACCAGAACGGGAGUGGCCUUUGGAAGGUGCCAAGGUCUACUUGGGAAUCCGGAAGAAGUUCAAGCCUCCCACCCCGUGGGGCUUCACGCUGAUCCUGGAGAAGAUGCACCUCUACCUGUCCUGCACUGACGAGGAUGAGAUGUGGGACUGGACCACCAGCAUCCUCAAGGCCCAGCACGAUGACCAGCAGCCAGUGGUAUUACGACGCCGUUCCUCCUCUGACCUUGCCCAUCAGAAGUUUGGCACCAUGCCUUUGCUGCCCAUCCGUGGGGAUGACAGUGGGGCCACCCUACUUUCUGCUAACCAGACCCUGAGGCGACUUCACAACCGGAGGACCCUGUCCAUGUUCUUUCCAAUGAAGUCAUCCCAGGAGUCUGUGGAGGAGCAAGAGGAACUAGAGGAGCCUGUGUAUGAGGAGCCAGUGUACGAGGAAGUGGGGGCCUUCCCCGAGUUGACUGAGGACACUUCCACCUCCUUUUCCACCACCAGGGAGCAGACAGCCAAGCCAGAGACCCCCCUCACCAACCAGAGGUCCUUUGAUCAACCCCUUCUGACCAAGGCAGGCCCCCUGGGCUGGGAGGAGAGACCGCCUGAGCCCCCUCCAGGCCCCCCUUCAAAGAACCUCCAGGCACGUGGGUCUCUGGAGGAACAGCUGCUUCAGGAGCUCAGCAACCUCAUUCUGAGGAAGGGAGAGACCACCGUAGGCCUGGGCAGCCCCUCUCAGCCCUCCAGCCCCCAACCUUUGAGCCCCAGCAGCCUUCCAACACAGACGCCCAGCUUCCCCACCCAAGCUCCCUGUGCUUCCAGUCCACCCCGCAGCCAGCCCCUCACAUGACUCUGGGACCAAGAGUCCGAGGGGGUAGGUAACCAAAGACCCAAGCUCUCUCCAUGGCAGACACUGCUGGGAGCAUCCUCUGCCCUGGCUGGAAAGACUCUAGAAUCCAGUGUGGGGCUGUGGAAGGACUGACGGCUCCGGAGGCUGUGUCCUGCUCAAAGACAGCCAGGUCAUGGCGUCUUUCUGGGCCUCUGCUGACUUAUCUGUACCAUGAAGUAACCGAACAAGGAGAGAAGUGAACAUCAAACUGUUUCUAGCACUGUAAGCCCCACAUAGUUUCCCACAAUAAGGGCAACUCCUGCUUUAUACAUUUGAUAUGUAGGGGUUCUGAGAGAGAUUUGGGGUUUAAAAAGAAUGGUUUGACUGCAUUAAUGAACGAUUUGGAAGCCAGAUAUCUGAAUGAUCUCCAAGUUUAUCCUACCCCACCUUCAACAUUCAGGGACUACAGUGAAGCCCCCGAGUGAGGAGAUUAAAGGGGGUUGGGAACUGGGGCAAAGAGGAGCCAAAAAAGAUGGGUCACUGUUAAUAAACUUUGGGACCAAAAGCUCA